GUUUCCACUGAAGGAUUCACAAUGGAUGGAUGGAUGUAUCAACCAACCCUCAUCUCAUUGGCUGUAUUGCUCUUCACUCUGUCCAAUAUUGUCUGUGGGGGUAAAAUAUUAAUCUACCCAUUGGACGGAAGCCACUGGAUCAACAUGAGAGUCAUCAUCGAAGAGCUGCAUUCCAAAGGCCAUGACAUCACAGUGGUGCGAGCGUCAAACAGCUGGUACAUCAAGGAGAAUUCCCCCCACUACACCGCCAUUACCAUCCCUAACACUGGUGGCUUCGAUGAAAACUUCUUUGGUGAAUUUAUAUUAAGUAAACACCUGAAGAUCCAAAGGGAGCAGGGGAAAAGCUUUUGGACCGAAAUGAAGCUUCAGUCAUCAAUGAAGGACACUUUUUUCGGGUUCCACAGGAACAUGGCUGAAAUGAUCGCUCGGGUCCUUGAAGACGGCGAGUUGAUCCAGUCUCUCCGCGAUGCUAAGUUUGAUUUGGUUCUGACAGAUCCUGGGGUUGGCGGAGGCACGAUCUUAGCCCGCUUCCUCAGCCUUCCUCUGGUAUACAAUGUCAGAUGGACCAUUCAAGGUGAAGCUCAUUUGGUCAUCGCCCCCUCGCCUCUCUCCUAUGUCCCAUACGCACCCACAGAGUUGACAGACAAGAUGACCUUCCCCCAGAGAGUCACCAACGUCAUAGCUUACACACUCGGGAGUUACACCAUGGCAUCUAUUACAGAACCCAACUACAAACCGGUAGUCCAGCGUUACUUUGGACCUAACGUCGACUACAACGCAUUCUUCCAAGAAGCAGAUAUCUGGCUCAUGAGAAGCGAUUUUGUCUUUGAGUUUCCGAAACCCACCAUGCCGAAUAUUGUCUACAUGGGUGGGUUCCAGUGUAGGCCCUCCAAGCCUCUUCCACGGGACCUGGAGGAGUUUGUUCAGAGUUCCGGAGAGCACGGGGUUGUCAUGAUGACUCUGGGGACUUUAGUGGCAGAGCUCCCUGAAGAUAUCGCGGACGAAAUCGCCGCCGCGUUCGCCCAGCUGCCUCAGAAGGUCAUCUGGAGGUAUGGAUAGAUCCUCAAUUAAUUGGACAAAUUAUAAAUAAAAAUGCAGCCGGUUUCCCCAAACACAAUAAAGUCUGGUCCUGGACUAAAAAAGCUAUUUCAAAGGUUAUUCUCCAUUGAGCGUGUUUUUAGUCCAGGACUUUAUGUGUCUGGGCCCAUGACUUAAAAACAAAAGUCAACAGAUUUACAUGUUCUGUCAAAGGACACCAGAAACAAAAUUCUAGACCUGCACCAGGCUGGGAAGAUUGAAUCUGCAGUAGGUAAGCAGCUUGGUUUGAAGAAAUCAACUGUGGGAGCAAUUAUUAGGAAAUGGAAGACACACUGAUAAUCUCCCUCGAUCUGGGGCUCCACGCAAGAUCUCACCCCGUGGGGUCAAAAUGAUCACAAGAACGGUGAGCAAAAAUCCCAGAACCACACGGGGGACCUAGUGAAUGACCUGCAGAGAGCUGGGACCAAAGUAACAAAACCUACCAUCAGUAACGCACUACGCAGUGCCAGACGUGUCCCCCUGCUUAAGCCAGUACAUGUCCAGGCCCGUCUGAAGUUUGCUAGAGUGCAUUUGGAUGAUCCAGAAGAGGAUUGGGAGAAUGUCAUAUGGUCAGAUGAAACCAAAAUAUAACUUUUUGGUAAAAACUCAACUCGUCGUGUUUGGAGGACAAAGAAUGCUGAGUUGCAUCCAAAGAACACCAUACCUACUGUGAAGCAUGGGGGUGGAAACAUCAUGCUUUGGGGCUGUUUUUCUGCAAAGGGACCAGGACGACUGAUCCGUGUAAAGGAAAGAAUGAAUGGGGCCAUGUAUCGUGAGAUUUUGAGUGAAAACCUCCUUCCAUCAGCAAGGGCAUUGAACAUGAAACGUGGCUGGGUCUUUCAGCAUGACAAUGAUCCCAAACACACUGCCCGGGCAACGAACGAGUGGCUUCGUAAGAAGCAUUUCAAGGUCCUGGAGUGGCCUAGCCAGUCUCCAGAUCUCAACCCCAUAGAAAAUCUUUGGAGGGAGUUGAAAGUCCGUGUUGCCCAGCGACAGCCCCAAAACAUCACUGCUCUAGAGGAGAUCUGCAUGGAGGAAUGGGCCAAAAUACCAGCAACAGUGUGUGAAAACCUUGUGAAGACUUACAGAAAAUGUUUGACCUGUGUCAUUGCCAACAAAGGGUAUAUAACAAAGUAUUGAAAAACUUUUGUUAUUGACCAAAUACUUGUAUAUCCACUGUGGUUCUCUUGUGAUUCUCAGGUAUACUGGACAGAGACCCUCCACCCUGGGUAACAACACCCUACUGGUGGGCUGGCUACCCCAGAACGACCUCCUAGGACACCCCAAGACCCGGGCCUUCGUAGCCCACGGAGGAACCAACGGUGUCCAGGAGGCCAUCUACCACGGCGUCCCCCUGGUCGGCCUCCCUCUCGCCUUCGACCAGGCCGACAACCUCUCCAAGAUGAAGGCGAGGGGAGCAGCUAGGAUGGUGGACAUCGUCACCAUGGACAGAGAAGUGUUCCUGGAGGCUUUGGAGGCUGUGCUGCAUGAACCGUCCUACACGGAGAACAUGCAGAGGUUGUCCAGGCUGCACAGGGACCAACCCAUUAAGCCGCUGGACAACGCGGUGUUCUGGAUCGAGUUUGUCAUGAGGCAUAAAGGAGCUCGUCACCUGAGGACAGAGUCGCAUAAGAUGUCCUGGAUAGUGUACCACUCAGUUGAUGUGAUAGCGGCUUUGCUGACGUGUGUGUUGCUUGUAACGCUGGUUUGCCUGUCGGUCGUAAGAUGUGUUUGGCGUAAGGUGUUUUGCAGGAAUAAAGUGAAAAGUGAAUGA